CGUGCGUCACUUCCGGCGCGGCGCCAUAAGCGGCGCGCACGCGGCGCGGGGGCCCUUUUCCGGCAGGCGGCCCAAGAUGGCGGACACGCAGACAGAGAGAGCCUACCAGAAGCAGCCAACCAUCUUCCAGAACAAGAAGAGGGUGCUGCUGGGCGAGGGGGGCAAGGAGAAGCUGCCAAGGUACUACAAGAACAUUGGCUUGGGCUUCAAGACCCCCAAGGAGGCCAUCGAGGGCACCUACAUCGACAAGAAGUGUCCCUUCACCGGCAACGUCUCCAUCCGCGGCCGCAUCCUCUCGGGGGUGGUGACGAAGAUGAAGAUGCAGCGAACCAUCGUCAUCCGCCGCGACUACCUGCACUACAUCCGCAAGUACAACCGCUUCGAGAAGCGCCACAAGAACAUGUCUGUGCACCUCUCCCCCUGCUUCAGGGACGUGCAGAUCGGGGACAUUGUGACCGUGGGGGAGUGUCGCCCGCUCAGCAAGACUGUGCGCUUCAACGUCCUCAAGGUCACCAAGGCUGCUGGCACCAAGAAGCAGUUCCAGAAGUUCUAAAGCCACCCCCACCCCCCCCCCAACCCCCUGCUGGGGGAAACUCUCAGCAGAGGAAUAAAAGAAGCCCUCAAAAAAAAACCCCAAACCU